AUAUGAUAUUGAAUAUAUUGUAUGUUUUGCGUGUGUGGUGCACCUUGCCCCAGCCCCAACCCCCCAGGCGCAGCCAAAACUACACCGGCUUGGUUCACCUAUACACAUUGAACUCGAAAACAAGAUAUAAAAUUAUGAAAAAACCCAGCCAAGAAAAAAGAGCCAUCAACAACAACAUUUCCUCUUUUGCCAUGCUCGAAGUCGAAUUCUACUCUUCAGUGAUCCUUUCAGCACCUCUCCAAAUCUGCAUCUUCUCCUCCAACGAAGACACUUCCUCCUGGACCCCGACUCAAUCCCAAAAUGCUCGUCCUACCUCUUGCACUUCUCGCUCCGAUAAUUUACGCUUCUGUGUCGACUAGUCCAGCAGCGCAGGAUGUUCAAAAAUCUCCCCGGUCCGCCGCAUCACGCUAUCUGGGGACACUUCUUAGUUAUGCGCGACAUCGCAAGCAGUCUUCCACCUGAUGCAACACCACGGCUAUUCGCGCAUUUUAUGCGCCAGCGCUAUGGUCUGGGCUAUUUCUUCUACCUUGACCUGUUGUCUCUUGCGCCACCGCAGUUUGUCAUUGUCCAGCCGGAGCUGGCAAUGCAGGUUGUGCAAAAGAUGAAUCUUCCCAAGGAGUCUGUGGUUAUCACCUACCUCUUCAUAUUCCUGAUAAAUAACUGUGCAACAAUGCACCGCGAGGACCUCUUCAAAGACGCAGAGCGGUUCUACCCCAAAGGCCAAAAGUGCCAUGUUUUCUAA